UGUUGUCAAAAAUUUGAUCGAACGCAGGCUUUUGUUCGGAAUUGAUUAUCUAUUUUCGGAUGAAAAUAACAAAUUCUUCAAGAAUGAUUCAGUGAAUGUUGUGUUAAAUAUUCGUAGAAGCUGGCAGCUUUCGGUAUGAAAAUGUGGAUUCCAUCAAAAUCUCCUAAGCUAGGAGUCGCGGUUUACAACUGGAAAGGAGAUGUUAGGUCAGGAUUGCCACUAGAAAUAGGAGAGACCAUACAGAUAUUAGAAGAAAAUGGAAGUUGGUACCGCGGCUUCAGCACAAAGAACAGGUCGGCUUGGGGCAUAUUCCCAGCUUGCGUGGUGUCGAUCCGGCCAUGCAUCGUCAAGGGAUCAGGCCCGACUGCUAUCGCUGAACUAAAGGAUGAUCCCUUAGUCAGGGAAAUUGCAUGCGUCCUGAGAGAAUGGGCCCGGUUGUGGAAGAAGCUUUAUGUGGAACGGGAGACCUACAGAUUCAGUGCAGUUGCUAAGGUGAUGCGGGAACUUCUAAGCGGUCGGAGGGCACUCCUUGCCGGCACGUUGACGCAAGACCAGACCCGAGCACUAAGACUCAAGCUCGUCGCUAAGCUGGAUUGGGGGAACAGAAAACUUGGGUUGGAGCUGGUGCCUCGCCGAGGUGCCGAAGCCGUGGACCCUGAGGAUAUGAGCCUCGUGGAACUUUACAGGGUCCACGUUGAAAGCGCAGAAAGGGCAGCAGCAUGGCGAGGCACACUCCGCAGAGCCGGCGGUUCAGGCAGCAGCUUCAACUCAGGAACCCUGACAUCAAACAGCUCAACCACCUCUACAGCUACCGUCCAAUCCCAUCACCUCAGUUGCAGUAUGAGAGACUUCGGCCAUACGGCUGGAGGUGACGAGGCCGAACUACUGCUCUGGCUCCAUGACGCCAGGAGAGCUCAACCUUUGUCAGAACGAUUCAGGAUCAGAAUAGCAAGGGACGGGUUCUCGAACUAUGUGGAUCGAUUGCAUGCGAACAGCACGUUAUUUGCGGACCUAUCAACAACAGAUCUAACCCGCGAACUAUGGCUGGUCGCGUGGGUGAUACGCGUGGGUCGUUGGGCGGGCGCGGGAAGCAGCGGCAGUGGUACCGGGGAAAGACGGGGACCGGUCGCGAGAAGACCUUUGGGCGCCGGAGUCUUACCCCUCGCUGACUUCCUCAGGCAGCCAGGACAGCAUCCAGGGGAGAAGGAGUAUACGUUUAAAGUCUACCAAUGUGAAGAGAAAGACUUCCAUCAGUUACAUGACAUGUUAAUCAGAAAACAAACAAAUAAGUGCAAUAUUUUACCUGGACAACCUAACUACGGCAUUGUAGUAGCCCUCCGUCUACUAUCAAACGCAGGCAGCAUAUCAGAAGCCGUAAGCUCCGGGGCCACAGUGACGGCCAAACGGGGCUUCCCCGACGUCAUAAUGCCUGGUGACGUCCGCAACGACCUAUAUCUGACACUCGAAAAGGCGGAGUUUGAGAGAGGGGGCAAAAGUACGGCGAAGAAUGUGUUAGCAACAGUCACAGUGCAUGAUAGUACGGGGCAGGUUAUCAAUGAAUGCGUAUGGGGCGCGAGUGGCACCGGCUCGACGUCCUACGAGUCUGUAGUCCUGUACCACAACAACAGCCCCGCGUGGGGCGAACAUCUCCGUCUCACGGUGCCGCUAGAGACGUUUACUAACGCUCAUGUGCGGAUCGAGUUUAGACAUUGCUCUACGAGAGACAAGACGGAACGCAAACUAUAUGGUUUUGCGUUUGCCAGACUGAUGGAAGCGAGUGGCGCUACAUUGAGAGAUGGAGCUCACGAGCUUUACGUUUAUAAGUGUGACGAUCCCUCCAAAUUGACGUCAGCAAGCUAUCUAUCCCUACCGUCGUGCUCAGCGGAUAGUGCCCGCAUGGGAUCAUCCAACGGCAUAGUGCCAACAUUCCAAAGAAGUUCCAAAGAAAAUUGUACCAUCAGCACGUUGUUAUGCUCCACUAAAUUAACUCAAAAUGAGGAUCUCCUAGCAUUAUUACAAUGGCGGGCGCGACCAGAAAAGGUUCAAGAGACAUUGCUCAGAGUACUGAGGCUCGGCGACGGGUUGAGCUGUGAAGAGCUCAUCAAGUUCCUAAGAGAUGUACUGGAUGCGUUGUUCGCUUUGUUUUCUACCGAAGAUGGAAAUAGCACACCACAUUCUGGCACAGUAUUCCUAGUGCUAAUAUCGAUAUGCAGCUUACUCGAUGAGAGUCGGUUUCAGCACUUCAGACCAGUUCUCGACGUUUACAUUGAAGAACAUUUCUCAGCUGCGCUUGUGUAUAAAGGUCUUCUCUCAUCAGUCCAACACUGCGCAGAAUGGGCAGCUAGCGCCGAAGGGCAGGAACCUAUUCGUAAAUGCUUACGCUCUUUAGGCGCAGUAUUCCGUUUAGCCGUGCGAUCUCGAAGGCUAUUCGCUAGAGCAACUGGGGGACAGUAUGAAGACAGCUUUAGAAGAGACGUUAGGGCUGCACUACAUGCUUUGAAAGCUUUUGCGCAACACCCGUAUAAAGAACAUUUGGCGCCGGCUCAGGUAGCCCUAAUGUCCUCCUGGGCAGAGGUAACGCGCGAAGUGUGCGGAGCGCUGGGCGCGAGCGAAGCGGCGCGAGCCGCCGCGCUGGUGCUGGACGCGCCGCAGCACCACCCGCCGCCGCCGCCGCCGCUCGCCAGGGCACGCCUGCAUGCCGCGCAGGAUAUAUUGAAAGGACCGCUGGGAGAAGAUCCAGAAGCAAGAAACAUAAUCCUAACCACCGCUUGCCACCAUUUACGAGUCCAUCUCGCCCGUCGGGACGAGUUGUCCCAAUGCGCGGAAAUGAUAGGUGAACUCGUAGCGUUACUCUGGAAGAAGCAGGACCCUGACCGGCCGGUGGACGAUGAUGAACUGGAUCCGGACGUCGAUGUGCUGUGCUUAAAUACCCUCGAUGUACUCGUGGAGACUGUCUUGCAUCUGAUUGGAGGGAACUCGCCGGUGCUUGGAGCAAUGGUAGCCGGUCUUCUUGGAGUGAUGGAACUUCUAAAGCCGGUACACUAUCAGCGACUGUGGAGCCAUCUGGCGCCGCACCCGCAUGACCGCAAACCCUUGAAAGACUUUCUGAUGCGUGCCUUCUUAGUCUUCCGACAUCUUAUUGAGCAGGACGUGUUCCCAGCAGACUGGAUGGUACUGCGAGUACAAAGCUGUAAAGUACUACUGUCCGCGCUGCAAGAUCUCGCUCAACCUCUAUUAGAGCGGUUCUUAGGAGAUGAGCCGCCACAGUUUGAUUCACAGCUAUGGUCGGGCUACAUGGAACUAGGAGUGGCGCUGGUGACGUCGAGCGCCUUACAACCGGAGCGCUGGUCCGGCCGCGGCCCGCAUCGGCCCCGCAUGCGGGCCGCUGCCGGCAUGCGAGUGCUUGCUACCUGGAAUAUGCUCGGUCCAGCCCAACUUCACUUAGUACCUGGCGCAGUCGGAGCUUUACUAGAAAUAACACUAGUCAGCGAGUUACGCAGAGCGGCUUUAGGCGCGUUAGUCGCGCUAAUGGCGGCCGAACGCGCUCAUACGGGUGAAGCCAGACGUACGGAGGCAGCGUUGGUGGACAAACUAGACUCGUUAGUCGCUGAUAAUAAAGCCGAUGAUCAUUAUAGAAGACUGUUUGAUACUGUGUUAAUGGAACGCGUUUCCACGGAGGGUUGGCGGGAGGCUGGGGCGGCGUUUGUAGCGUGCGUGACGCGACUGUUGGAGAGACUGCUAGACUACCGCGCUGUUAUGCAGGGCGCAGAACAUAGGGAUAAGAGGAUGGCUGCUACUGUUAAUUUGUUGAAUUUCUACAAGAACGAGAUCGAUCGCAAAGAGAUGUACUUACGCUAUGUGUACAAACUGCACGAUCUUCACAUUGCGUCUGAUAACUUUGUUGAAGCUGGAUGCACUUUAUUGCUGUAUGCAGAGACUCUAAGCUGGGAAAGCGAUCAGAUAGGCGUGGACUCGGAACACCCAGACAUGCCCGAGUGGAAACGUAAAGAAGCACUGUACAACCAAGUGUUGCAAUAUUUUGAUCGCGGGAAGUGCUGGGAAAAAGGCCUGCCCCUGCUAAAAGAGCUAGCAACACUGUACGAAGUGAAGCUAUGCGACUACCCUCGUCUAGCACACUGCUUACGUACUCACGCGACCUUCCUAGACUCUGUGAUGGAACAACUCAGACCUGAGCCCGAGUACUUUAGAGUCGGGUUUUAUGGAAAAGGAUGUCCGCUUUUUGUUAGGAACAAACAGUUCGUAUACCGCGGUCAUGACUACGAGCGUAUCGGCGCGUUCACGCAGCGUCUGCAAGCUGAGUACGUGGCGGCGCAUAUAUUGAUGCGUAAUACGCCGCCUGAUGACUCCAUCAUCGCUAAUGAUGGCCAAUACAUACAGAUCUGCAACGUGAAGCCAGUGGCGUCCCGUCGCCAGUGGCCCGCCGGCACUCCGGAGCAAGUGAAACGAUUCUACGCCUGCAAUGACGUCGACACAUUCCUAUGUGAUAGGCCUCUGCAGAAACCGCCCAUUGAUAAGGAUAAUGAGUUUAAGAGCCUCUGGAUAGAAAGAACGACGUUAGUAACGGAGAACACGCUGCCAGGCAUUUUGAGAUGGUCCGAAGUUAUUUCAAGAUCUGUUGAAGAAAUACCACCGGUCGAAUACGCCUGCGAAACAAUGGAAUCAACCGAACGGGAAUUACGCAGCCUUAUCUCCCAAUACACAGCCGAUCCCACUUUAAACAUAAACCCAUUCUCCAUGCGGUUACAAGGCACUAUCGACGCGAACGUACAAGGCGGGAUCACGAAGUACGAACAAGCGUUCAUGACGGCAGAGUUCGCGAGAAACGCGACGCCGAGAGAGGCAGCUGCGGCGGCCAAGCUGAGGAGAUUAGUGUCCUCGCAAUUGGCUGUUGUGGAUGCUGGGUUAUCGCUUCAUGGGAGAUUGGCCCCUGAAGAUGUUAAGCCGUUGCAUAGGCGUCUUGUAGAACGAUUUAAUCAGCUAAGACAGAACUUGGGACCAGGAUUGGCUCGAGCCCGCCGGCAACUCUCAGAAAGUAUUGUAAACACUCCACUGCCACCCGUCCCAGCGUUGGACAAACGAUCUCAAAGUAUUCAACAAAGUGAUAACUACUAUGAUGACGGACAUCUCUAUGAUAAACCGCUAUCAAUGGAAGACGCAAUGGAGCAACAAAGCAUUAUGUCCAGCAGUCUACCUAUAAGUGACAACAGAGACUGUAUCGAAGAUAACUCCAUGAUCAAGUCCGCACCGCCGCUGCCCAUCAGACCCAAGUCCGGAGACCCUAGGAGUCCGACGAGACCUCCGCUAGAGAAGUACCGGGACUCGAUCGACGGUGACCUGGUAGAACAGUGUCGACACAGCCGCGCUUCAUGGAGCGAGCCAGGAGAUGCUCCACCACUACCACCAAGAGUUUCAGGCGACAAGCGGUCGUGGAUCGAGGCGCCGCCGGCGAUCCCGCGCCGCGCCCGCGCGGGCGACGCGCCCGACGACGCGCGGGACUCGGGCGUCAGCGUCGACCACGCCUACGGCAACGCGGACGAACACGCGCAUCUGCAUAAAGAUCUCGACCUAACAGUAGACUCACUGCGCUACGAGGAAAUAAUCUCAAUGAUGUCGGAACCACUUCGCGUUGACGAGGGCGAAAAGCCUCCCCCCAUCCCUCCCAAAGGGCUCGGACAUCUCAGCUCCUUCGACUCGGGACACCACGAGAACGGAGAGUCACAUUGUUAAACGAAGUAAGAGUUCUUACAUAGAAGCUUCUGGGUCUUACUGGAGACAACUGUCAAGGCGCAUUUAUACGGAAAGAUUUUAAAGGAAAAAAGAUGUAUUUACCACGGAAAAAAUAAAACAAGUGUCUUAACAUCUUGUUGGCAGCAUAUUCAGAUUUGCUCUUCGGUAAUUAGCUUCCAGUCCUACUUGUAAGCUUCUAUUUUGUAAACCACAGAAAAUCAUCUCCCGUUUCCCUUUUCAAAUUCCGAAUGUCAUGAUUUGAUAGGCUGUCGCCAUUUUUUAAACCAAUGACAGCACCAAACAACACGGAAUAUAAGGUCAGAAAAUGGCUUCUCACAUUUUUUUAUUUCAAUGUAAUGACUGGACACAAAGCUUUUUUUCGCAGUCGAUAAAAGAUGCAGCAUUGUAAGCUAUUUUAGCUGUCGUUGUUGAGAAUUCGAAGUAUCUUGAAAAAUUAUAAUUUCCUUAAAUAAAUUGUCCAACAAAUGCUUGUAGGUACUCCAUGAUACCAGGAGAAGACAAUGAUAGAUUUUGUUCACAUUGUCGAUAACAUUCAAAAGUAAGAUUAGUAGUUGUAAGAUAUAACAUUGGAACUCCGUCAUUUGUAUAUUCGAAGAGAAAAAUAUUAAUUAUGUAUUUGAAAGAAGUAUUUUUAUUUGAAAACAUACCGGAGGAGAUAUGUGUAUAUCCCGUAGAUUGAGGUGUCCGAAACAUUCGCAUUCUUUUGCGUCUUGUACUAGCCCUGGUAUACUUGAAAGAUAAAAGUUCUUGAAUUGAAAUAAGGGCUCGUUCGAAUCGUCAUACAGGUUUGGCAAGGCAGAAAGCUAGGUAAUUGGCGAUUGAAAUUGCUUUCUCAUAGAUAUAUAAAUAUGAAUUGUGAAUUAUAUCUUGUCCGUCAUAAAAUAAAAUCAAAUGAAAUAAUAUUUAUAAUCAACAUAAGAUUAUGUGCGUUUAAAAACUCGAAUUGCUGUCAUAUUAAUAAAACAACGCCUGCUUUAAUGUUCAUAGCAAGGAGUCGUUCGUUCUCUUGCUCAUAUUAUUCAAAAGGCGUUACAUAGUGUUUACUUAUUGUAGAAGAUUUCUUUAUUUUAAUAAAAUAUAUAUUAUGCAUAUCAUUCCUUGAAUGGAAUAAAAUUAUUAGAUUUAAUUUUAUGUGAUUAAUCAGAUUAUAUUUUUUAUUUUGUUUUUGGCACAAAUUGCAUUUAGUUUUAUGUGUCGGGGCCAUAUAACAGUGAUAUACAUAAUGUUAGUUUACUCACAGUUACAAUUCACUCACUAAUAUAAUGGACUAAAAAAAACAGUUAUUUUUUAAUCUCUUCUAAUAUUUCUUCUUGUGUAAAAAUAAGAACACGAAAGUGCAUAAGAAUUGAAAAUAAUUCACACAUAUUCUCUCCAAUUUUAUAAUUAUUUUUAUUAACAAUUCAUAUUAGUUCAUACUAGAAUUCAUAUUAGUAUAAUGCCAAUAUUAGUUUGAAUGGUUAUGGCAUCAAUAUUUUGUAUACGUGAUUUUAUUUCAUUAUGAUUCCUAUAAAGUAUUAAUUGGGCAACCUUUUUAUAAAUUGACAUUAAUUGUAAGUGUAGCAUUACAAUUAAAUUCGUAUUAUUUUUUAUAAAUUUUAUUUGAACUAUUAAUUAUAGCCCGUAUUAGGUAUCAACAGUAUUGCUUUUGCAUAAUAUUGUAAUGAAACAUCAACAAAUAUUAUAAGUCGUUUUGGACUUUGUUUUCUAUUUAAAUUACUUAUAUGUAUGCUAUUUAGAAGUCUUUUUAGUCUUAAAAAAAUAUAUUAAUCAAUUUAGUCUAUAUAUAUUCUUUUGCUCAAGAUCUAUGUAGUUAAUUUUGUGGAGUCCGUCUUUGUGAAAAAAAUAUGAAAUUUAGAAAAGAGUAUUUUCUGCUGUGCUGUCGUUCACAGGAAAGUAAAUUAAACGAUUUCAAAAUAUAAUCCGAAAUGUAGAGAUCCCUCAGUGUUCUCAUAUUUUGAAAAUAUGUACCCAAAAAUUUAGUACGCUUUUUGUAAUGUCCUUCAUAAAGUUGCUGUAAACUCCCUAAUGAAUGGUGCAAUUUUUAUUUACUCUGUAUCGUAUUUUGAUGAAUUUUGAAACAUUUUUCAUAUUACAGAAUUUAUAAUAUCAACUUCUCACUUAUGAAUUAAAAAAUAUUAAGUCUUUUUUAUAGUUGUCUUUUCAGAUUUAUACACUCUAAAUAUAACGCUUUAAAUAUUUUGAUCUCUUGUUUUCGAAAUUUGAAAGUAUGUGAAACUAAUAAAAUCGAUUUUCAUAUGUGAAUGAAUAUUAACUUCCACAGGAUAUUAAUAAUUUAUAUUUUAAUCACAAAAAGCAAUGCAAUAAAUAUACCAAAUAAUAUAAGUACACGAUGUGAAACUAAUCCAACUUUUUACUCCAAUUUAAAAAGUCUUUCCGAUUGUCAAGUGAUAUUUUUCAUACAUUAACACGUUAGAUUUUUUAACUAUAGCUCUUAAGUUCUAGGUGUUAAGGUUUACAUUUCCAACGAACAAUUUCAUAAAAUCUUUACAUCUGUUAAUGUGUUUACUCGUCUGUAAUCGUAACAUGUAUUGUUCCAUAUUUUAUAUUUUACUAUUAUGUAUUAUCUAGUUUUUAUGACUAUAUUAUUACUGUUGUAUACUUGACGGUUUUUAGUAGCCAUCAACUGGGCGCCAUCUUGGAAAAGUAGGCUUGGAUAAUGUGUGAGUAACAAAGCGAUGUUGGAAUAUUAAUAUAAGUUCUAGAACCAUACGAGUAUAAAUAAGCCUACUUUUUUCUAUACGAUAUUUUAUAGGGUAGUCCAAUACCAAUGGCCUAUUCUUGCAUUUUCAUAUAAAACGUCAGAUAUUUUCUGCCUGAACGCACAAAAUCGCUAAGUUACAUUAAUUUGCUUUUAUUGGAACAUCGGUGAAGACGAUGGCAAAGUUGAUGGCUUUUGAAAAUAGCACAGACUUCAUACGACUAUAAUUAUUAUACGGCAGCGUUUGUUCUUACCAAUGUAACUCUUGAGUUAAUUUUAUACAUUUUAUCAUAUACACGUAAGGGUUCGUUUCACCGCCUUGAUACAUUUAUUUUCAAACCUAAUUGACCAGGCUUAUAUAAAAUUAUUCCAAAGAAAAUAAUCUCGGGGCGGUGAAACGUACCCCUAUAGAAGUUUUUGAGCAUUUUAAUGUUUCUAUUGACUAAUUAUGUACAACAAGUAUUGAGUUACCUAAGCUGAAUGAUUUUCGACUGAUAUUCAACUAGUUAUUGUAUGGUUAUGUGUGAUUAUUGUAUUCCUUUAUGUUAAUGUUAUAAUAUUUCUCAGUAGUUUAGAUGAUUCGUAUUUAAAAAUAAUUUUAGCGUAACUAAUUAUAACCGUACCAAAAAUUUCUUCAGCUAUUUUUAUAAAUAAUUUAAUAUUACAUACGCAUUGGUAUUUAUUAUUUUUUAAAUAUUGUAUUAAACGAUUGUACUGUUUGUGAAUUGAAAAAUAAAUUGAAUACAUUGAUUAGUGUUAGGUGGAUAGCUCGCCAAAUGAAAUUGUUCAGUACAAAGCGUAGUUGAGUUGAGGGCGCUGACUAGUGAUGAAACGUAGCCAUUUAUCAUCAGUUUAUAUGUAAAUGGCAGAAAUAAAUAUUUAGUUGGAUGCAUGAA